AUGGCGGUCGACGGAGGAGGUGGCGGUGGCGGUGGCGGUGGCGGAGGCGGAGCGGCCAGUCCGUCGCACUCUCUGCUUGAGACGCCGACUUGGGCUGUAGCGACGGUUUGUUUCGUAUUUAUAUUACUCGGACUUUUGAUCGAACACUUGAUACAUCUCCUUUCUCAUUGGCUUAAAAAACAUAGGAAAACUGCUUUGUUUGAAGCAGUGGAGAAGCUUAAGUCAGUUUUGAUGUUGCUGGGAUUCUUGUCACUUCUGUUAGCCAUCUUACAGAGGCCAAUUUCCAAGAUUUGCAUACCAAACAGCGUUGCCAAAUCCAUGUUACCCUGCAAUAGGGCUGCAGGGUCGGCAACUAAAACCACCAAAACCUUGGAACAUUAUUUAUGGACCAAUCCUGGGAAUUCUUCGACUCCGGUUUUCCUCGUACCAAGCCACUCCAGACAUCUCGCCGGCGGACUGGACUCCUCAGAUCACUGCAACUCUAAAGGGAGGACUUCAUUGAUAUCACAGAGCGGUAUUAAUCAGCUGAACAACUUCAUGUUUGUUCUGGCAAUAAUGCAGAUUGUGUAUUGUGUCAUCACCAUGGGUUUGGGAAGACUUAAGAUGAAUCGUUGGAAAUCAUGGGAAACAGAAACACAGACAGUUGAAUACUUGGCUGCCAAUGAUCCUAACCGGUUCAGAUUAACAACACAAACAACGUUUGGGCGUAGACAUAUAGACGAUUGUGCAACAACUAGCCUUUUGCUAUGGAUUAAAUGUUUCUUUCGACAAUUCUUUUAUUCAGUAGCUAAAGUUGACUACCUCACCUUACGCCAUGGAUUUAUUAUGGCUCAUUUGUCAUCGAAUAACACUUUCAAUUUCCAAAAGUAUAUAGAACGAUCUCUUGAAGAUGAUUUCAAAGUUGUAGUUGGCAUCAGCCCGUUAAUGUGGUUAGUGGUUGUAAUCUUUUUGUUGGUCGAUGUCCAUGGUUGGAACGUCUAUCUUUGGGUGUCAUUUCUACCAUUGAUAAUAGUUUUGGUUGUUGGGACCAAGCUAGAAGUGAUAGUUGCAAAAAUGGCACUUGGGGUAAAAAACCAAAGUACAGUAAUCAAAGGAUCCCCCUUGGUACAACCCAAUGACAAUCUCUUCUGGUUUAAUCACCCUCCAUUCAUCUUGACCCUUCUCCAUUUCACUCUCUUUAUGAAUGCAUUUGAGGUAGCGUUCUUCAUUUGGGUCACGUUGCAAUUUGGGAUAAGAUCUUGUUACCAUGAGAAUGUGGAGAAAAUUGUCAUUAGGGUUGUACUAGCGGUGAUGGUUCAAAUCCUAUGUAGUUACAUUACUCUACCUCUAUAUGCUCUCGUGACUCAGAUGGGGUCACAUUACAAAAGAGCAUUAUUGGAGGAGAAUGUGAUGCAAAUCAUAAAGUAUUGGCAUAGCGAAGUGAAGAAGAAGAAUAGGAAUAAAAAGAAUAAGAAUAUGGAAGCUGAUGAAGAUAUAGAAAACUCUCCCCGUGAGUACUAUUCAUCCACCACGCCCGCCGCCGUUAGCCCCUCCGCGGAAUCGCCGGAAAGCUCCCACCUUAACCGCUCUCUGACUCUCGCUCGUGCGGGUGCGGAGGCUGAUGAUGAGAUAACUGAAGAGUGGAGACCCCCUCAAUGAUAUUUGUUUAAUUAUACGGAGUAUAUUUUAAUUUGAAGAGGGAAGUAGUUUUGAUGAUGUAUGUUCUGCUAGUUCGAUGUAA